AUAUUUUCCAUGCAAUUUUUUUGAGGUAACUCAACGUAUCGAAACUUCGGAACCGAAAAUUAAAGUGAAUAUUUAAUAACACUUUGUCAUGCUCGGUUUUUAUUUGUGAAUUUAUACAUGGUUGCAUGUGGAGUGAUUAUAUCUUUUAAUCCAAAUAGAAAAAUAGUUUGUGGUUCUUUGUUCCAAAACAGUUGUGCGAAACCGAAAAGUUGAUCGGAAAAGUUACAAAGAAAAUCUUUCAAAAUUUCCUUAAUCAGAUAAAUAAAAUUGAAAAAAUAGAGAGCAUAAACAAGUGUAAUAAGAAAAAGAAAACUGUCGAUAUUAGGGAGCGGUAUAUUUGACAGUUUGUCAAGUAGUGUCGACAUUCGCUCAGUCUAUCAAAAAAUCACAUAUCGCUGAUUUUCCAUCAACGCUGCGGCCAUUUUGUUAGAAGUGUGCUUGAGAUUGGAAGUCACGACUCGGAAGUUGCCGUUCGGUCGAAGGUUUGUUCGAUUUUUUCGAGUGCAGGAUUUGUAAGAAAUUGCACCGAAACGGGUUGAUCGCGUUGUGCAGUGCAAAAGACCGUGCAUUGUCUAGUUAAAGAGCUGGAAUAACAUCGGGAUAUAGCCGAUAACUACGUCCGCCAGUCAAAUUGCAAACUAAAAAGAAGGAUGGAGGACAAGGCGACACUGAAAGACUUGGACCAAUGGAUCGAACAAUUGAACGAGUGCAAACAACUGACCGAAACGCAAGUGAAAACCCUGUGUGAUAAGGCAAAGGAAAUCCUAGCUAAGGAGUCAAAUGUCCAAGAAGUUAAAUGUCCGGUGACAGUCUGUGGAGAUGUUCACGGCCAAUUUCACGACCUAAUGGAGCUUUUCCGGAUAGGCGGACGGUCGCCGGAUACCAACUAUUUGUUCAUGGGGGACUACGUUGAUCGUGGGUAUUAUUCAGUUGAAACUGUUACGCUAUUAGUGGCGCUUAAGGUUCGAUAUCGUGAGAGAAUUACAAUCCUGCGGGGUAAUCACGAGUCCCGGCAAAUUACGCAAGUGUAUGGCUUCUAUGACGAGUGUUUACGAAAGUAUGGCAACCCAAAUGUUUGGAAAUAUUUCACGGAUCUGUUCGACUAUCUCCCGCUGACAGCAUUAGUUGAUGGUCAGAUCUUCUGCUUGCAUGGAGGUCUUAGUCCCUCAAUCGAUACGCUCGAUCACAUCCGAGCACUGGACAGAUUACAGGAAGUUCCACAUGAGGGACCGAUGUGCGAUCUUUUGUGGUCCGAUCCGGAUGACCGAGGUGGCUGGGGAAUUUCGCCCCGUGGUGCCGGUUAUACCUUCGGACAGGAUAUAUCAGAAUUGUUCAAUCACUCAAAUGGUCUGACACUGGUAUCGCGGGCACACCAACUUGUAAUGGAGGGAUACAAUUGGUGUCACGAUCGUAAUGUUGUUACAAUAUUCUCUGCACCAAACUACUGUUAUCGUUGCGGUAACCAAGCAGCAUUAAUGGAAUUAGACGAUGCACUGAAGUUUUCAUUCCUGCAAUUUGAUCCAGCUCCACGCCGCGGUGAACCACAUGUGACUAGAAGAACACCGGACUAUUUCCUUUAAGAAUAUCAUAACGAAUAUUGUAAUACAUACUACAAAUUAAACAAAAGAAUAAUAUACCUUAUAAUAAAAAUAUAAAUAUUAAUUAUAAGCAUAUAUUAUUUAAAACAAAAAAAAAUAAAAAUGGCAAAAGUUUGUUAAACUUGUAAGAGCAGAGAUAAGCGUAAAUCACAAUUACACUCAAAUAAACUACUUAGGAAGCCAAAAAAUUAAAAAAAAAAAAGAAAAAUAUACGUGACCGAAAAAAACCUGAAACUAAUGCAACAUCUCUUAUUGGCUGCUCACCAUUCAGUUUAGGUAUCACGGAUAAAAUAGUUAAACACUUUACUAGAAAUUAUAACGCCAACGUCGCAGUUCAUAUACUCAUUUCAUAAGCCAUCAUCUUCACAUCGUUAUACUCAUUUCCAUUGCAACCGAGUAGAUGCUACUAUUUUUCUUCGGCAUACGUUUGACAGCAGUUAGAAUCAGCCUAGUUCAAUUUAUCACAAUUGCAGUAACAACUAUUCUCUCCGGAACUGUUAUACCUAGCCGCAGAUGAUACUUGUAAUACAGACGCACACACAGACAAAGUGGUGAUAUGCAUAAAUGUUUUCUAUCAUGUUGUAAAAAUUGAAAUUGGCUUACGUAUGUCUUUGAAAGUAUACACUUUGCCGUGCAUUGAAAAAAUGACGCGAAAAUUAGUCGUUUCAGUGGCCAAAAUUGUUAAAAAUGAAUCAUUUAAAAAAAAGUGGCCAUAUUUGCUGCUUUUCUUUGCGCGCCUAUUUACAGCACCAUCUGUGGUUAUAAAUUUUUUUUGCUCCCAUGUUAGUCUAAGAAAAAAGGCUAGUUGCAUUCUAAGUAAAAGGAAAUACUUUGUUAUUAUCAUAACAUUAACAUUUAUUUAAUGGAAUCCCA